GCCGGAUUGUUUUUCAAUCGCCGUAUUCAUAAUCUCCGGCGACUGAAUUUGUCUCGUAACUCUUGAAAUUUCAUGGAGUGGGACAGUGGUUCCGAUCUAAGCGCCGAUGAUGCUUCGUCAGUGGCGGAUGAUGAAGAGGGAGGUCUUUUUCCCGGCGGUGGACCAAUUCCAUUUCCCGUUGGGAAUUUGCUUCACACGGCGCCUUGUGGAUUCGUUGUUACUGAUGCUGUUGAGCCGGACCACCCUAUUAUCUAUGUCAACACCGUCUUCGAAAUGGUUACUGGAUAUCGUGCUGAGGAGGUUCUCGGAGGAAAUUGCCGCUUCUUGCAAUGUAGAGGACCGUUUGCUAAAAGAAGGCAUCCAUUAGUUGACUCUAUGGUUAUUUCCGAGAUAAGAAAAUGUAUUGAUGAGGGCAUUGAAUUUCAAGGCGAGUUGUUGAACUUUAGGAAAGAUGGAUCUCCGUUGAUGAAUAGACUGCGGCUUACUCCUAUAUAUGGAGAUGACGAUACCAUCACCCAUAUAAUCGGCAUCCAGUUCUUUAUUGAGACAGACAUUGACCUUGGACCCGUUCUUGGAUCUUCAACAAAAGAAAAAUCAAUCGAUGGGAUAUACUCAGCUUUAGCUGCUGGGGAGCGAAAUGUUUCCCGAGGGAUGUGUGGGUUAUUCCAGCUAAGUGACGAGGUUGUGUCUAUGACGAUAUUGUCACGCCUGACACCAAGAGACGUUGCGUCUGUUAGCUCUGUAUGUCGCAGGCUAUAUGUGCUGACAAAGAACGAGGAUCUUUGGCGAAGGGUUUGUCAGAAUGCAUGGGGAAGUGAGACAACACGCGUAUUAGAGACUGUUCCUGGUGCUAAAAGACUCGGUUGGGGGCGCCUGGCUAGAGAACUGACCACCCUUGAAGCUGCAGCUUGGAGAAAACUUACUGUUGGAGGUUCUGUUGAGCCGUCUCGCUGUAAUUUCAGUGCUUGUGCUGUCGGGAACAGAGUGGUUCUGUUUGGAGGAGAAGGUGUGGAUAUGCAGCCUAUGAAUGAUACCUUUGUUUUAGAUCUUAAUUCGGAUUACCCUGAAUGGCAACAUGUCAAAGUGAGCUCCCCUCCUCCGGGACGCUGGGGCCACACGCUUUCUUGUGUAAAUGGCUCCAAUCUGGUUGUAUUUGGUGGCUGUGGUCAGCAAGGUUUGCUGAACGAUGUGUUUGUCUUGAAUCUCGAUGCCAAGCCGCCUACUUGGCGGGAGAUUUCUGGUUUGGCUCCACCUCUACCAAGAUCAUGGCAUAGCUCAUGCACCCUUGACGGAACCAAACUGAUCGUCUCAGGAGGCUGUGCAGAUUCCGGCGUUCUUCUAAGUGACACGUUCCUCCUCGACCUUUCAAUAGAGAAGCCAGUGUGGAGAGAGAUUCCAGCUGCCUGGACCCCGCCUUCCCGGUUAGGCCACACACUAUCGGUUUAUGGAGGAAGAAAGAUCUUAAUGUUUGGUGGUCUUGCUAAAAGCGGGCCUUUGAGAUUCCGUUCGAGCGAUGUCUUCACAAUGGAUCUAAGCGAAGAGGAGCCUUGUUGGAGGUGUGUGACCGGUAGCGGAAUGCCUGGAGCAGGAAACCCAGGAGGAGUAGCACCACCACCGAGGCUGGAUCACGUAGCAGUUAACCUCCCUGGAGGCAGAAUCUUGAUCUUUGGCGGUUCGGUGGCAGGGCUUCACUCAGCAUCUCAGCUUUAUCUUCUUGACCCAACGGAAGACAAACCAACUUGGAGAAUACUAAACAUCCCAGGGAGACCGCCUCGGUUUGCUUGGGGACAUGGCACUUGUGUUGUGGGAGGAACACGAGCCAUAGUGCUGGGUGGUCAGACCGGAGAAGAGUGGAUGCUAAGUGAGCUACACGAGUUAUCACUAGCGAGCUAUCUCACGUAAUGAAACAGAGUCUAUGAAUGAAAGAGGUGCAAGAAG